CUGAUUACUGCUUCUUCGGCUGAUGUGAAUGCUAAGGCUAAGUGCUCUUUGAAAAAAAAAAAAAAAAACAAGAUUUCAAAGCUUACUUUCCCAAGAAAGACACAAAGCUCUGCAAUGUCUUACGGAUCCAUUGACGGUGGCUCAUUUGGCAGCAGGAAUCCAUUCGGUGGUCCCACAAGGCAGGGCUACCAGCCAGUAGCUACACAGGUUAGCUCAUCAGAAUUACAAGAUGUGUUCCAAGAAACAUCUUCCAACAUCUUCCAAAUUAACGCUAAUGUGGUCACAUUGGAGAAGAGCCUUCAGUCAUUGGGAACAUCGAGAGACACGGCAGAGCUACGCCAGAGCCUGCACACCAUACAGCAACAAACCAAUAAAGUCAUUACAAGCACAAGUCAACUUAUCAAACAGCUCUCUGACAUCAUCAGCGGCUCCUCUCGGCAAGACCGGCUGCGUCUGACGAGGCUGAAGACAGAGCUGUCAGACUCUGUGCAGCGUUAUGGUGACCUGCAGAAGAAAAUUGCAGACCGUUCAAGGGCCUUGCUUCCUCCAGCACAAAAAGACAGAAAACAGAGUCAACAGACACCAAUCACUGAGCUGUGUGAGGAUCCACUGGUCGGGCCAGCAGAGACUGUGCAAGGAGAUGAACAGCAGGCGUUCCUGUCAGAGAUCAGUGAGGAGGAUGUGGAGGUCCUGCGCCAAAGAGAAGAAGCUUUACUCCAGAUAGAGAGAGAUAUGCUGGAUGUCAACCAAAUUAUGAAAGACUUGGCCAGCAUGGUGCAUGAACAAGGAGACACAAUAGACAGCAUUGAGGAAUACAUCCAGACUACUUCCUCACAUGUGGAAUCUGCAAACCAGGAGCUUGCAAAGGCCAGCCACCACCAGAAGCAGCUGAGAAAAAGGAAAUGCUAUUUAUUAAUGUGUGGAGUAUUCGUUCUGAUUCUACUCAUCAUCAUCAUUGCUUUGUCAACCAGAAACUAAAAGCAGACCCACAGAUUCCAGCUGCUGCACUGCUGUGACCUUUCCUCAGCCUUCAACAGGCCAACCCAUGUUUCUUUCCCUUCUGUAUUUUCUGUUUGUGUAUGCCUUCAUUCUUUUAUGUAUGUUGUGUACAUGAGAGAUUGGAGAAGAUUUUAUGACAGGGGUGUUUUUAAUUCCAACCAUGCAGAAACUACAACUGAUUCCGGUUGCUUAAUCGAUUCAUGCUAGACUUCAAGCAACUAUUAGGUAUAGAUCCUACUUAACUGGUUGGAUUGAAAACCUGCAGCCACAAUGUCCCCUUUGUGGAUGAUUAGAGCCUCUUGUGUAAAGUGACAAUGGGCUCUUUUAAUUAGCACUUCUUUACUCUUCAGCUCAUAUUGAAUAAUAAACCCAGACUGGUCCUACACACUCUGGUCACUUUUAAACUACACCUGUACACCUGCACAUUUAUGGUGCUUCCCAAACAGCCAAUCAUGUCACAGCAGCGACAAGGCAUUUCCACACACAGAACUGUGCCUCAAGUAAUUUUAUUUGUGCUUUGUUAUUUGUGUGACUGUUGUGUGAAAAAUCCCAAGAGAUCAGAAGCAUAUGAAAUACUCAAACUAAUCCAUCUGGUUCAAACAUCUAUAGCGCAAUCAAAGUCACAAGAUCACAUUUUAUCUUCAUUCAUACAUUUCAGGUGAACACUUGAGAUGUAGCUGUGACCUUUUUCAUUCUGUUGCUACCACAUGACUGUACAGGUGUCCUUAAUAAAGUGACCAGUGUUUUGUUUAAGUUGAUUAUUUAUUCAAGUAUAGGUUCUACCACAAAUUCUCUCAAGUUAUUUAUGCAAUUUUAAAAGCUUUAUUAAAGUAUAGUUAAUUUAUUAAUAUUUUAUUUAAGUAUAAUACACUUAUUAAAUGCACUUGUGAAAAAAGGCUGUAAAAUAAGAAAGCUUUCAGAAAUGUGUGUUCAUUUGUGUCAAAUAAUAAUAAUAAAAUAGAAAGUAAAUACAGAGAAGAGAAAUCCAAAUUAAAUCUUUAUUUGUGUGAGCACCUCAAAAACAGCAUCAUUCUCCAUGGUACACAUGUACUUCUAGGUACAGUUUUUUAAAUAACUCCAAUCCUUCUGUCUCUUCAUGUAAACCCAGACAGGCUCUGUAUGGGCCAAAACUAUUACUUCAAGGACUUCUUGUUGUUCUCCUAGCUGAAAAUAGUUCAUAAUAACAUUGGCUGUAUGUUUGAGUUAUUGUCCUGCUGCAGAAUACAUUUGGGGUUAAUCAGAUGCCACCCUGAUGGUAAUGCAUGAUAGACAAUUAUCUAUCUGUAUUUCUCAGAAUUGAGGACGCCAUUAAUACUGACCAAAUACCCAACUCAAUUUGUAGAAUUGCAGCUCAAAGUUACAGAAAAACUUCAUCAUGCCUGCAGACACUAAUUAUUGUACUCUAGACCUUUGGCAAACAACCUUUUUUUUGCUUCAGCCAAAUAUUUUAGAUUUUGGCUCAUCAAUCCAUAGCAUCUGCUGCCAUUUGUCUGCACCCCAGUUACUAUGUUUUCAUGCAUAGUUGUUGCUUGUCAUUGUUUCAUUGCUGCAAUUCUUCCAUAAAGACUACUUCUGGCCAGACACAAGACAGUUAAUGGGGGUAGGUUUCCCACCAGUUCUUUGCUGAUGGCACUGAAGGACAUCUUCAGACCUCUUUUAUUUGCUGAAUUAAGUUUCCUUGGCCAGCCACUGAAUCUACGGGUCUUAACAUUAUACAUUUUUUCUGUGCUUAAACAGCACCUUCUGUGCUGGGAGAGCUGAUGCAUUUAACUACCUUGUGAAUUGUUGCUGUGCUCAGUCUUGGUGAAUGAACUGUGACAUGAAACUGUUUGGCUGUUCCCCGUCUAGUUUUAAGCCUCCUACACAGCUGUUUCUGUUAGUUAAUGACAGUGUUUCAGCCUACAUAUGAAAUUGAUCAUUAGUACCUGUUUGAUAUAAUUGGUUAAUUAUACAGACACUGAUCCUACAAAAUCAGUGACUUGCAAGUGUAAAAAGUGUGCAAGUUUAAGAAAGGCUAAAGAAUAUUCACACCAACUAUUGAUCUAAUUUGGAUUUCUUGUAUGUUCAUUUACUUUAUAUUUUCUUAAUUGAUAAAAAUAAAAGAUCAAUAUUCAGCAUUUUUUCAUAAUGUGUGUGUGUGUCACUGUUUUGCAGGGUUUUUGCUAAUGUAUGUUUCUAUAUCAUACGAUGAUUAAUUAAACAGUGUCGUGAAAUGCA